GUGAAAGAACACAGUAGUUGACUUCUUGCAGAGAAAUUCUCUCAAUCUCUCCUCCUCCAGGCUCCAGGAAGCAAGGACAGACCGGAAUUUGAGGACAGGGAGAAUCCAUAAGGAUCACAAAGAAAAUGGCAUUUCUCAGAAUAAUGGUUCUGUUAUGGGCAGAUAUGCUUGCAACAUAUGUGAUGUGGAUAAUGCAGACAUACUUAACAAAUGUUUGGAAACUUGGAUUUACUCAUGCUGCUAGAAUCAUGAAUAUUUACACUGGCCUAACUAAAUUUCUGCCAUUAGUGCUUUUCAUCUUUGUGGAUGCUGGCCUUGGUAACUACUGGAAUCUGCUCCUCUCAAGUACAGCCUUUUCAAUUGGUUUGGGAUUUCUAUCAAUGUCAACACCACCAGUUCUACACAAGGCCACAGGGACCAGUAAAGGUUACGAGCCAAAUUGCCUUGGUCAUACACAAAAGGCCCUCUUUUACACAGCUUUAGCAUUGAUAGCAGUUGGAUUAAGUGGACAUGUUGUCUCACUGGUUGCAUUCGCAGACAAUCAGAUUGAAAAGAAGCCAGAUGAACCUAAAGUCAACGAGCCGAAGUUUGAACGAAGCUCAAAGUCCUUCCUAUACAAGUUCAGGAGAGGGCCUGAUGGAAAAUUGAAAUAUAUGCCAAACUUACGAACCCCAUCUUUCAUGGUCAAUUAUCACAAGAGAAAGAAGCAGCAGCAGCAAGGUGAGAGUACUCCAAAAACUGAAGUUGAUAUAUCACAACUUCAAUUCCAACCAAUAGAAGCAAUGCUGGCCCUUGUGCAAAAAGAGCGAGUGAAACUCCUUGGCGCUUGUUUUAUAAUCCUUGUCCCUGUUAUUGGUUUAAUUGCUCUACCAUAUAUAAAACCAUGGUCACUUCGGUUUGGUAUCCCAGCAAUAUGUACAUUGGUGGCAACCCUUGCAUUUCUGCAGGGUACAGGUUCAUACAAAGGGGAAAGUAAACCAGAUGGAAGUCCAGUAACCAAUGUUUUAAGAGUCUUUGUGGCCUCCACACGCAAAAUGUUUGAAGAUCCUAAGCAAUAUUCAGAGCUUUAUGAGAAUCAAGACACCAACACUCCAAAAUUGCCUCAUACCAAGGGACUACUCAGUUUCUUAGACAAGGCUGCCAUCCAAUUGACGACUGAAAUUGAAGAACCAGAAAAGCAUAGAUUGAGACUGUGCACUCGGACAGAAGUGGAGGAGACAAAAAUCAUAAUCCGCAUGAUGCCAAUUAGGAUCACCUUUGUAAUUUGUGGUCUCAUUACUUCUGUUGGAAACACAUACUUCGUAGAGCAAGCAAACCACAUGAAUUAUAAGAUUGGAAAACUAAAGUUGCCUAACUCAGUCAAUCUGGUGUUCUAUGAAAUAUCAAAGUCACUGAUUAAGUUAAUUUACACUGCUAUUGGAAGGUGCUUAAGAGGAGCACGCAAAGAAAAGUAUGCCCCCUCAAUUGGCAUUGCGCUUGCUACAAUCUUCUCAGUGUUAUGUUGCAUAACUGCUUCUGGAAUCGAAACUCGAAGGAUACAUGUGAUCAGAAGUCAUGGACUGCUAGAUAAACCGGAAGAUAAGAUCCCUUUGAGUGUGUUUGUGCUUCUUCCACAAUAGUUUCUUCUAGCUGGUCUGGACUCGCUCUAUGAAAACAAUGUUACCCCUUUCUUGACUGAUCAGAGUCCUCCUUCGAUGAAAAAGUACCUUGUAUACCUCAGUCCUGGAUUAUCUGGGCUAGGAAUCGUUGGAAGUGUUUUAUCAGUUUAUGUUGUAGGUAAAGUUAGUGAAAAAGGGGGAAAAAGGAAUUGGUUUCAGUACACAUUAAACCAGGUCGCCUGGAUCGCUAUUAUUCGGUGCUUGCUGUCCUGAGUGCUGCAAAUUUCAUUUGGUUUGUAUUCUGGGCUGUAUUGUUCCCUCUUAGAGAACCAGGUUCAAAUGAUGAGAAAGCUGCUGAAAAUGAUGAAGAAAAGGCUGGAAAUAAUGAUGGAAAUGAGGAACAGACUCGAAAUCAAGAAAAAGAGGAACCUAUUGGAAAUAGAGAAUGGGUUGACCCUUCUCUGAAUUUUGUUAACGAUCUUUUGGCUGCUAACAUUACACGUUGAUAUAUGGCUUGAGAGCAACAUUAACUUGUCUCAAGAAAGUGUUUCCCACUCAAGCUUCAUAGGUCUUGUACAUGGUUCAUACCUUUUAUUUU